UUGUUUAAGGAAAGUGAGUGAGAGAGAAGGUUGAAAGAGACCAAUGGCGGAUAAGGGAACCAGCCUAGAGGAAAUAAAGAAAGAGAAUGUCGACCUUGAGCGCAUACCGGUUGAUGAAGUAUUUGAACAACUGAAAUGCUCAAGAGAAGGUUUGACAAACGAGGAAGGACAGAAGAGGCUCCAAAUCUUUGGUCCAAAUAAACUAGAAGAGAAAGAGGAAAGCAAGAUUCUGAAAUUUUUGGGUUUUAUGUGGAAUCCUCUCUCAUGGGUCAUGGAGUUUGCUGCUAUCAUGGCUAUUGUUUUGGCUAAUGGAGGGGGACAGCCCCCGGACUGGCAGGACUUCGUUGGUAUUGUGGUAUUGCUUUUCAUCAAUUCUACUAUAAGCUUCAUAGAAGAAAACAAUGCCGGCAAUGCCGCAGCCGCCCUUAUGGCGGGCCUUGCUCCCAAAACCAAGGUGUUGAGAGAUGGAACAUGGACUGAGCAAGAGGCUUCAAUUUUAGUCCCUGGAGAUGUGAUCAGCAUCAAGUUGGGAGAUAUUGUUCCGGCAGACGCUCGUCUAUUGGAGGGCGACCCGCUCAAGAUUGAUCAGGCUGCACUGACUGGCGAGUCUUUGCCUGUAAAUAAGAAUCCUGGUGACGAAGUCUUCUCUGGGUCUACUUGCAAGCAGGGUGAGAUUCAGGCGGUUGUCAUAGCCACCGGUGUCCACACUUUCUUUGGUAAGGCUGCUCAUCUUGUUGACAGCACUAAUCAACAAGGGCACUUCCAAAAGGUGUUGACAUCCAUUGGAAACUUCUGCAUAUGCUCCAUUGCAAUAGGGAUGGUUAUAGAGAUAGUGGUGAUGUACCCAAUUCAGAACAGGCCAUACAGAAGUGGAAUUGAUAAUCUUUUGGUGCUUCUCAUUGGAGGGAUUCCAAUUGCCAUGCCAACAGUAUUGUCUGUGACAAUGGCCAUUGGCUCACACCGCCUUUCACAUCAAGGUGCUAUCACAAAGAGGAUGACAGCCAUUGAAGAGAUGGCUGGAAUGGAUGUCCUUUGCAGUGACAAGACUGGGACUCUUACUCUCAAUAAGCUUACAGUAGAUAAGAGCAUGGUUGAGGUAUUUGUUAAGGAGAUCGACAAGGACACCAUGAUUUUGUAUGCAGCUAGAGCCUCUAGAGUUGAAAAUCAGGAUGCUAUUGAUACUUGUAUUGUUGGAAUGCUGGGAGACCCCAAAGAGGCUAGAGCUGGUAUCACGGAGGUGCAUUUCUUGCCAUUUAAUCCAGUGGAAAAGCGUACAGCCAUAACAUACAUUGAUUCCGAUGGAAAUUGGCACAGAAUAAGCAAAGGUGCACCGGAGCAGAUCAUUGAGCUGUGCAAUCUUCGUGAAGAUGUAAGCAAGAAAGCUCACGCUAUCAUUGGUAAGUUUGCGGAUCGUGGACUUCGAUCACUUGCAGUUGCUAGACAAACAGUUCCAGAGAAAACCAAAGAGAGCACAGGAACUCCCUGGCAAUUUUUGGGCCUCUUGCCUCUCUUUGAUCCUCCAAGGCACGAUAGUGCAGAGACCAUUCGUCGUGCCCUCGAUCUUGGUGUCAAUGUCAAGAUGAUCACUGGUGACCAGCUUGCCAUUGCCAAGGAGACUGGUCGCAGGCUUGGUAUGGGAACCAAUAUGUAUCCAUCUUCAGCCCUCCUCGGUGAUAACAAGGAUGACUCUAUGGCCGGACUACCAGUUGAAGAGCUUAUCGAGAAGGCAGAUGGCUUUGCUGGAGUGUUUCCAGAACACAAAUAUGAGAUUGUGAAGAAGCUACAAGAAAAGAAGCAUAUCUGUGGAAUGACUGGAGAUGGCGUGAAUGAUGCUCCGGCCUUAAAAAGAGCAGACAUCGGCAUUGCAGUUGAUGAUGCUACUGAUGCAGCUCGGGGUGCAUCCGAUAUUGUGCUAACAGAGCCAGGCUUGAGUGUAAUUGUGCAUGCUGUCUUAACAAGCAGAGCCAUUUUCCAGAGAAUGAAAAAUUACACCAUCUAUGCAGUGUCUUUAACCAUACGUAUUGUGCUGGGUUUUAUGCUCCUAGCUCUUAUCUGGAAGUUCGAUUUCUCACCAUUCAUGGUUCUAGUCAUUGCCAUACUCAACGACGGAACCAUCAUGACCAUUUCUAAAGACAGAGUGAAGCCAUCUCCUCUCCCAGACUCAUGGAAGCUCAAGGAGAUCUUUACUACUGGCAUAUUCCUCGGCAGCUACCUUGCUGUCAUGACUGUCAUAUUCUUCUGGGCUGCUUACAGUUCAACCUUCUUCACAGAUAAGUUCGGAGUGAGACCUAUAAAUAAGAACUACCAUGAGCUCACAUCAGCAGUCUACCUCCAAGUAAGUAUUGUGAGUCAAGCACUGAUCUUUGUCACCCGGUCCCGGAGCUGGUCUUUCAUGGAACGCCCGGGUCUUCUACUUGUCACUGCCUUCUUUAUCGCACAACUGUUGGCUACACUCAUAGCUGUAUAUGCAAAUUUUGGCUUUGCAAAAAUUCAUGGUAUUGGCUGGGGAUGGGCUGGAGUUAUAUGGCUCUACAGCAUUGUCACCUAUUUUCCAUUGGAUGUUAUCAAAUUCCUGGUUAGAUUUAUCAUAAACGGCAGGCCCUGGGAUACCCUCCUCCAGAAGAAGACUGCUUUCACAACAAAGAAGGAUUACGGUAAGGGAGAACGAGAGGCACAAUGGGCUCUGGCGCAACGUACCCUCCAUGGACUGCAGCCUCCUGAACCUGAAAGGGGCUAUAGGGAGUUGUCCGAGAUUGCAGAGCAGGCGAAGAGGCGUGCCGAAGUUGCCAGGCUAAGAGAACUUCACACACUCAAAGGGCAUGUUGAGUCUGUGGUGAAACUGAAGGGACUUGACAUUGAUACCAUUCAACAGCACUACACUGUUUAAGUGAAAGGAUGCAGGAGUUUCAAAAGAAGAUCAUUUCAAUUUUGGAAUAACCCUUGAUUUUACAAGAAGGUAGAGAAGUUUUGGAAUAAUCCAACAGAAGAGAUUGUCCCUCCGGCAAUCCCAGGUUGAGAAAAUUUUGGAAUAAGCGAAUUUACUGUAUACUCUACUAUUAUAGUAUAUGCGUAUUCUUGCUACCUUUUUUUCAAUCAAUAAAUCCAAUUUUGCAGGCAUUCUUAUCUUCGUCCCCUGUUGAAA